AUGAAGGUUUUUAUCCUUGUGGUGGCCUCCCUCGUUGGUGUUUACGCUUCCGGCGACGUCUUAGAGUAUACGGAUAGCAACUUCGAAGAUCUGAUCAAGCAGCAUGAGGUCGCGCUCGUGAAAUUCUACGCCCCAUGGUUAUUGUCUGCUCUCUGCGAAAGCUAAUUGUCGAUUUUGAAGGUGUGGACAUUGCAAGCGUAUGGCUCCUGAGUACGACCGUGCUGCAACCAAGUUGUUGAGAAAUGAUCCUCCAAUUGCUCUCGUCAAGGUGAUACUUCUAUUUUUAAAAAAUACUGAAAAUACAAUCCGUCUUCUUAACGAAGUAGUGGAAAAUAUCUUAAAAUACGUGAUGUAAAAACUCGCGUGCGGCUGCGUCGCGUACAUGUAGUUCAGAGGAGGGAAUGAUGUCAAUGGUACUGAAUUCCCAAUAACUUAUUAGUUUAUUUUUCGUUGUAUUGUUAAUCAGAGCUUUUUUUGAAAAAAAUGAGCUGCGUAUAGUUGAAUUUGGAAAUUUUUAGCACGCAUAAUAGUUAUUCUCAAAAAUAGCACGUUUAAUGUGACAACAAGUGUAAAUCACGCAGUUUGAAAAAAAAAGUCUGCGCGUAAUUUGCAUCUUUUCUAGAAAAAAACCAUUUGACCGGGAUUGAAUGUGUCUUCAAUUGAGAUUCAUUUGAGAACUCGUUAGGUCUUACUUGGAUUUUUUUUUAUAAUAUCUUUCUAUUUGUUGCAGCACUUUCUGUGAAAUUUGUUUGAAGGCAGUAAUGAGCUUCUUUUUUUAUUCAUUUACCCACGUAUUUUGAUAUGUGUUCAAUGUUUCAUACACAAAAGUAAGCGAAAAAAAAUUUACGAGUAAGAAAUCGGAAAAAUCUUGCAGGUUAACUUUUUUCUUGAUUUUAUCUCCAAAUUGAACAAUGACAUUGUAAUUCAUUGGAAACCAUUCUACUUUUUGCUCUGGAAUGCCGUGAACAGCUCUCCAAUGGGCUAGAAAUCGAACCCGCAUAAUGUCUCUCUGCCAAAAUUUUACUUUUAGAAAUGUUCAGAAUUCAAGUUGAUCACUGUUAACACAUCAGUACGUUUGGAAAAAAAUCAAAAAAAUAAUUUUUCAUGGUUUUUGACAAGUAAGGCUGUAACAAUACCGAAAGAGUAUGGCACGCCCAGAUGCUAAAAAGUGACGCAAGACGAAAGCGUCUGUUUAUCUUUGUUGAGAUCGCCUGUUCAAAUCUUGCAGUGGUCACAUUUUUUUAAAUCUUUUUCGUUGAGAAGUUAGCCUUUUUCAAUUAAAUUUUUCUUCAUAUGCAUUUAGUUUAGAUAUAUCAUAAAUAACUUUUAUUUGCGAGAAAUAGUGAAGAAAAAAACGAUAAAAAAAGAGGAAAGCCCGAAUUUUCAAUUCUAAAGAAUAUUUUGUGGCGUGCUGCAUUUUUUUAAUCGUGAUUGUCCGCUUUUUCGAUAGUUUUUUUGAAAUUAAAAUGUUAAAAAAAGAGCGAAGCAAUAAAAUGUUAAUAAAAAAAUUCAGCUAGGGAAAAAAACUUGGAAGACUCGCUUUGCGGCCGCUAGAUAUGUUUAGAUGAGAUAACAUUGAACCGAUAUAAAGCUGGAAAGGGUCAUAUGAUGCAUAGAAGAGCAAAAUGCAACAAACUGAGAAGACACGAAAAAGAAUGCUUCAAAAAAAAAAAAAGCAAAAUUAAUAUAAAACGAGUAGGUUUUUUUAAAAGUCCGCUUUUUAUAGUUAAAGGCAUUUACGAUUUCCGCUUUGGAAAAUUUUUUUCGAAAAAUAACAUGAUGAUUCCUAGGUUGACUGUACGACAGAGAAGAGCGUCUGCGACAAGUUUGGCGUCAAGGGCUUCCCGACGCUGAAAAUCUUCCGCAAUGGCGCCGCUGCUCAGGACUAUGACGGACCUCGGGAGGCUGACGGCAUCGUCAAGUACAUGCGCGGACAGUCGGGACCUUCUUCUCGCGAAAUCAAGACUGUCGCUGAUUUCGAGAAGUUCACUGGUGGAGAUGACAACGUUGUUCUUGGUUCGUUCUUCAAAGAAGAAUACGUUAAUUAAAAAAAAAAAAAUUAAAACAAGAUCUUGUCGAAUUAAAAAAAAUUUGAUCAAAAUCAAUGAGUGGCACUAAUGAAAAAACGGAGUCUUAAAGUUUUUUUAGAUUUUUUUAUUGCUCUUUCAAAUCAAUUCAAAAAUGUUUUAUUUCUUACAAAUAAGUACUAAAAAUUUACGAAGUAAAUGUAGGGAAAAUGUUUUAAAUACGUGUUUCAUUAAAUACGUUAAUCAUUAAAGAUUAUCAAAUCAAGUUUAAAAAAAUUCUUUAUUACUAAUUCAAUGCUAUUUCUGUUUUGUUUAUUCUUGAGCAGGGGAAAACGAUUCAAUAAUUUAUGUUUACAGUUUAUUCCAAUUUCUUCGAAAAAUAUUAUUUGAAAAUAAAGCUUAAGCCCACUUGAAGGAACCGUUUUAAAAGCUUCACGUAUUGCAAAUUUUUAGUAGCACCAAUAGGUUUUCGAAUUGCAGACAAAGAAGUCAAGUUCUGGGCUUUCAAGUUGAAUCAGUGUUUUUGUCAUAGUUUUAUUCGAUUUGGAAUGCAAUUAUUAUUUUUUUUUUUGUCACAUUUUUAGUCGUUUUAGAUCGAAAUUUAUUCGAUUUUAGUUACAAUCAAUUACUUAUUUUAAUAAUUUCAGUUUUUUUUUUAUUAAUUAAACGUCGACCAUGUAAAAAACAGCUUAAUAACAACAAAGUAGAAAGUUUCAUUAAUCAUUAAUAACUUAUAAGCGAGGCCUUGAAACACUGCCCUACGCUGUACUUCCCCUCAGCGGAGAUCGUGUUCAAGAGCUGUUUUCUUUGAUCUAUCACCGCGUUCAUAUGAAAGGAAAGAAAGUAUGCAAGGUAGACGGUUUCGAAUCUUGGCCAAUUAUAAUUAAUCCUUCCUAACUUGAAAGGCGAUUUGGAUAGAUUGGCAAGGGUGGAGCGUUGCGUACGCGACGCGGCUAUCUGACGGGAAAUGUGAAUUUAAACGCGAGUCACGUUUAUAGAGUUUUUCUUCUUUUUUUGAUGUUUUUGAGGUGUUUUGAUAUUUUUCAAUAAUUUUGAAUUUUUUAUAGCUUUGUAAAAAUUCAAUUUAACAAUUAAAAAUUUAAAAACAAAUCAAUUUUUUAAAAACAAAUCAAUUUUUUUUACACUUUUUUCAUCUCGUUGUACGCAACGCUUUACUCUUGCCAAUUUACCCAUCUCGCCUUUCAAGGUGAGAAAAAAGAACUAUAAGAAGGUUUUUUAAAUUUCAUGAUAACCGGUACAUCUAGUUUUUUCAAUGACUUUCAAAUACACUUGUUCAAGAUUUUUAAAAAAAAAAACAGUUAAAAUUUUACUGGUAGCUUCUCGAGAGACUUCUUCAAAUUUUAUAGAAAUGAGUUCAUUCCGACGCAAAAUGAGCCAUUUUUUUAAUUUUUUUAAUUUUGAAAAAUCUGAUAUUUAAAAAAAGUGUCAUUGGCCGCAGAGCUUUUUCUUUCGGUCGUCUAUGAAAUGGAGUUGGAGCCUAAAUUGUUGUUAACACUGUUUAUAUAUUGUAUUGUCAAAAAAAGCCAACUUUUUAUAUACAAAUAUUAUUUCGCUCAAAUUCCAACAUUUAUAUCACCUUCAGAGCUGAAAAAUGUAUGCUUCGUUUUUUUUUCCAUUUCCGCUCGAGUUAUUUUCAGAAUAAAUAUAAUUUUUUUCAUGCUUUAAAAAGAUGUUCAUUGAUCAAAAAGACCAACGACCCGUGAAAUUCAUGCCGUGUUCAAGUAAUUUUGCGAAAUAAAAGUUGAAAAAAAGUCAUUCAGAAGAGCCAAAACCAAUUGAAAACUGACCUAAAACAAAAAAUAUGGAAAAGUAGAUGAAUAAGUCCAAAUUUUGACACAUACGCGUCUCAUUGUUGAAGGACUCAAGCUCAAAAUAGGCUCGUUGCGGCCCUUUAAGGUGCUGGUUUCCUCGAUUUCGUUUUUUCAAAUUUUUGAAGUUUUUUAAGUUUUGAUUUCGCAGAUUUACGUUGAACAUCGAGACAAUGCGUUUUUAAUGGAAUCCGCAAUAUAAUUCGAAAAUUCUUUAACUUAAGUGAGCAAGCAUAAAUAUCUGCACUCAAACUAUCACUGUCAUUACGGUUCAUAUUAUUGCAGGCUUCUUCGAAUCUGAAAGCAAGCUGAAGGAUUCCUUCCUGAAAGUUGCCGAUACUGAGCGUGAUCGAUUCUCAUUUGGACACUCAUCCAAUCCCGAUGUUUUGAAGAAGGCUGGAUACUCCGAGUAUUUUCAUUCAUUCAUAACAAAUCCAUAGAUUCCAUUUUCAGCGACAUUGUUGUUUACACUCCAAAGAAACUUCACAACAAAUUUGACACAAACGAGUUCAAGUAUGACGGAAACUAUGACACUGACAAGAUCAAGAACUUCUUAGUUCACGAGACGUGAGUAUUAAUUUUUUUUUUUUUAAUUUUCUUUAUCUUGAUAACCUCAAUUAUUUUUUUUAGUGUUGGACUCGCCGGAAUCAGAACUCAAGGAAACCUGUUCCAGUUUGAACAGAAGCCUCUUGUUGUGGUUUAUUACAACGUUGACUACGUGAAGGAUCCUAAAGGUUAUUAAUUUACAUGUAAACGUCAUAUCAUUACAUAUUUUCUGUUAAUUUUCAUAAUCAACAGUUUCAAUUUUUUUUUUCAGGAUCUAACUACUGGCGUAACCGUGUGUUGAAAGUCGCCCAAGAUUACAAAAGGAAAGUCCAGUUUGCCGUUUCAAACAAGGAAGAGUUCUCUCAAGAAAUCGAACAAAACGGACUUGGAGAGCGAAAAGAUUCGGAUAAGCCUAUUGUCGCCAUUCUGACCAACGAAGGAAAGUUCCCUCUGGAUGAUGAGUUCAGGUAUUUUUUUUUCUUAAUCCUUGAAGGUAGUUUAUCAUCAAGUUUAGCAUCGACAAUUUGAAAUCGUUCGUCGAGUUGGUUUUAUCUGGAAAGGCUGAGGCCUACAUGAAGUCUGAGCCGGUACCUGAGCAGACAGAAGAUGUUAAGGUGCGUUACUUACCUGUGUACUCGAAACGACACUCCCAAUGCUAAUUCCUUCAACGAAGAUUAAGCUUUUUAUUUUUCUAAACGUGAUAAAAUUGCAGGUUGCCGUUGGCAAAAACUUCAAGGACCUUAUCUUGGACUCUGGAAAAGACGUUCUGAUCGAGUUCUACGCUCCUUGGUGCGGACAUUGCAAGUCUCUGGCUCCUAAGUACGAUGAGCUUGCUUCUAAGGUUGACUCCAACUUACGUUCUUCCGACAUAGAAAAUUGUUUUGCAGCUGAAAAAUGAAGACGUGAUUAUCGCCAAGAUGGACGCCACGGCCAAUGAUGUUCCACCUCUUUUCGAAGUUAGAGGGUAAGCAUGAAAUAAUGUUCAUUUUUGAAUUCAAUAAUUCAAUUAAGAUUCCCCACUCUCUUCUGGUUGCCUAAGAACUCCAAGUCAAACCCGGUCCCGUACAACGGCGGCCGCGAGGUCAAGGACUUCAUCAACUUUAUCGCCAAACACUCGACUGAUGGCCUUAAAGGAUUUAACCGCGACGGAAAGAAAGUUAAGAAGACGGAAUUGUAA